AUGGCCUACAUGAACCAAGAAGAUGGUGAUGAGCACUGGCAUACUCCCAUGAUAAACAGAGUUAAGAUCAAUGUUGACGCUGCCAUUUUUGAACAAACAAACUGUUAUAGCCAUGCAUUUGUAAUAAGAGAUCAUGAAGGGAAGCUAAUCGAAGCUAGAUCAAGCUGCAUGAGAGGACAGCCCAACCCGGACUUAGCAGAAGCACUUGGAAUCAAGGAGGUGUUAAGUUGGGUUCAGGAAAACGAUUGCAGAAACACGAUUAUCGAAUCUGAUUGCUUGCAGGUGGUUCAGGCAAUACGCAGCUCUCUUACUUGUUUUUCAUACUUGGGGAGAGUUAUUAAAGAAUGUCGAGACAUACUUGCAAGAUUGAGUCAUAAAAACUUAAGUUUUAGAUUUGUUAAGCGGUCAGCGAAUAGAGUAGCUCACUAUUUAGCAAUUUUAUACCGCUGUUCCAUUGCUGAUCGUGUUUGGAGAGUGGGAGAUGUCCACUCGGAAUUUUAUCAUGUACUCUUGGCUGAUUUACAACGUGAAUAA